AUGGCGGACUGCCUCCGCCAUCGCCGACCAUUUCACGGCAGUAGGGUGAUUGCCGUGGAGGGGAUGCCGCCCACCGCCGACCACCUCGCGAUGGGCAUUCUGGUGAACAAUCUCCCCAACGUGGACAUGUACAUGUACGCCGUGGGGAUGCCUGGCGACCCGAAGAAGGUUACCAUGUCACUGAACCCUGUUAACAAGGGUGGCUCGUCCGUCAAGGGCAACAAGCCGUUCACCGAGAUGAGCGACGACCAGCUGCAGGAUCUGUUCCACCCAGGCAAGAAGGGGCGAUUCGCACAGAAGGUUGUUGUGGAGGAGUACGAGGUGCCGCUUACGACUGGCGACCUCAUGCUCAAGUACAACCCGGCGCUGAAGGCCAUCCUGAUCGCCAAGGUCGACAUCGAGGGCCACGAGGGCCACUUCCUCAAGGGCUCCCAGAACCUGUUCUCCAAGUACCCCCCGUGCAUCAUGACCAUCGAUCUGAUCCUGGAGUGGCUGGAGCGCGCUGGCACCCCGGUGGAGGAGAUUCUCGACCUGCUGACCGGGUGGGGCUACGGCAACGUCCCCACCGCCGCCAACCUCAUGGCGUCGAACGAGAAAGGCAAGACCAAGACCCUGCGGCAAAAGAACUUCACGGCGUGCCUCGAGCGCGUCGAAGCCAAUUUCCAGGAGAACUUGAUCGCGGAGAGCCGCGAGGCCGGGGCUCCGGGCCACGCCGUCCUGGGCGACAUCCAGGCAGGGGAGGCUCGGGCGAAGGAGUUGGACGCCCUGCUGCUGCGAUCAUGA